AUGAGUCAGGUCUACUGGAUUUGUCCAACUAGCUUACCCCCUCGUGAUAGCGUCUACGUGCUGAGAAUGAUUAUCCUGCCGGUGGGUCUCCUGGCCAACACCUCUACCUUCGUCCUCCUCUGUCGGCUCAGCGGUCGGACGCGCACCAGCCUCACGAUGCUCCGCUCGCUCAUAUUCGCCGGUGCUGUUCGCACCUUUCUCGAGUUAUUCAGACAGCAGCCCUCCCUGGCUAUGCCCUCCUUUACCAGUGACACGCUGGGGGCAGGUGUAUGCGUCGUCUGGGAAAGUGGCUUCCUUACCGUAGCCAUCAACCUGUUUGAUUCACUUGUACUCGUCUUCGUUGUGAGUUACAGGGCUACGCAGAUUGCCUUCAAGUACCAGUACUCCUUCUCCUCCAGUGCUUACAUUGAUCUGGUGUGUGCUAGCUGCUUAUGUCUGGCUUGCUUCCUGUGUGCAGUACCACAGUGUUUUGUUGUGGCCUGGAGGGAGGGGCAGUGCGAAUGUCUGGAUAGGAAUAUGCCCUAUGGGAAACUGCUGCUCAUUUACGCUGGGAGUUUUGUCAAGUACGGCAUAGAUAUCUUCAUCAACGCCCCACUACUGACUAUUUCGAGUGUUCAAAUUAUUCUCUGGGUGCGUAGCACACCGCCGGCAAAGCUGAUUGAUACACUUAAUAGUUUGGCUUUUUCCGGCACUUCGGAGAGCCUGAGGAGAGAAUUCGAGCAACCCCAGGGCUGGUGGACGGCAUCGAUGUGCAUGGUGGUUCUGUCGGUCAACUUCCUCCUUCUAACUGCCUACAGUACUGUGCAGAAAAUGUUCAGUGUAUCGGGAGUAUUUUUGCUGGAUGACAACAGCUAUUGGACAAGAUUUGGCGAUUGUUUGAUGCUGCUGCACGUGACGACUGCCCCGUUCAUCGUUAUGAUUUAUAUACCAGCGCUGCGACAUCAGAUGAAGAGCUUCUACCGCAAGAUUGCAGCCGGUUUCAGAUUCAGAAGGCAAACCGUGCCGUCACUACUCACCUUGCCAAAAUGA